AUGAGUGGAAACGGUACACCCGGCCCUGAGUCAUCGGCCCCUGAGUCCAAGACCUCAAAAAGACCAACCAGCCCGACGGCCAGCAAAAAGGUUCCUAGUAGACCCAAAGACAUGUCGACGCAAGUAGCCCCUGCCGGUAGCCAGCCGCCGAAGUCAUUGCCCGAUUUUAUCGAGGAGAGAAACAAACUUUUCGACGAGCUCAAGAAACAGCGUGACGAGGAACUGGCCAGUAAGGAGAAACCCGCCAUUCAAAUCAAACUCGUGGCGGCGCCUGGCCAGGAAACCACCGUCGAGGGCAAAGCCUGGGAAACCACUCCCGGCCAACUACUCAAGAAUGUCCCCAAGGAGCGAGCGGGUCAGAUCGUAGUCGCCAAAGUCGACGACAAGCUAUGGGAUCUUGACCGACCGCUCGAGAAGGACAGCAAAGUCUCGUAUCUGACCUUCGACGACCCCGAAGGUCGGGAUGUCUUCUGGCACUCGUCAGCACACGUGCUCGGCGAAUGUGCGGAACACGAAUACGGCUGUCGACUGUCCCACGGACCUCCCACGGCCAUGGGGUUCUUCUACGACAUGGCUAUGGAGCCAGGUCGCUCGGUGAAAGAAGCAGAGUGGCCGUCUCUGGAGAGCCGGGCCAAGAAGUUCGCCAAGGAGAAGCAGGCGUUCGAGCGACUGGAAGUGUCCAAGGACGACCUGCGCAAGAUGUUCGGCUACAGCAAGUACAAGAUGCACUACAUUGAGAAGUUCAUCCCCGAUGGCGAAUCGUCGACGGUGUACCGCAACGGCACGCUCGUCGAUCUCUGCCAGGGCCCACACAUCCAAAACACGCGCAAGAUCGAAUCGUUCAAGAUCAUGAAGAACAGCUCAGCGUAUUUCCUGGGCGACCAGAGCAACGACUCACUGCAGCGGAUCCACGGCGUGGCGUUCCCGACCAAACAGCAGCUGAAGGAGUGGGAGCACUUUCUCGAGGAAGCCAAGAAGCGAGACCACCAAGUCAUCGGCCAGCAGCAGAAGCUAUUCAUGUUCAGCAAACUGUCGCCCGGGUCGCCGUUCCUGCUUCCGCACGGCACCCGCAUCUUCAACGCCCUCCAACAAAUGUUGCGCGAACAAUACUGGGACCGCGGCUACCAGGAGGUGCAGACGCCCAACAUGUACGACGUCGAGCUGUGGAAGACGUCCGGCCACUGGCAGCACUACCAGGACGACAUGUUCCGCGUGGUGGUCAAAGACGACACAGCCGAGCCCAUGCCGCUGGCCGACCAGAAACCCGACGGCAAGCCGAUCGCAGAGCCCAAGGACAAGGACAAGGACAAGGGCGUGUUCGCGCUCAAGCCCAUGAACUGUCCAGGCCACUGUGUCAUGUUCCGCGACGAGGAGCGUUCAUACCGCGAACUGCCGUGGCGAGUGGCCGACUUUGGCGUGCUGCACCGCAACGAAGCCUCGGGCGCGUUGUCAGGUUUGACCCGUGUGCGCAAGUUCCAGCAAGACGACACCCACAUCUUCUGCACCAACGACCAAGUCCAAGCCGAGAUCGAGGGUCUGUUCAAUUUCAUGGAGCACGUCUACGGCCUGUUCGGCUUCCCCUUCAAGUUCAAGCUGUCCACCCGCCCGGAAGGGUACAUGGGCACAUUGGCCGAGUGGGACUCGGCCGAGGCCCGUCUCAAGCAGGCGCUGCAAAACUUCCGCGGCGACGACUGGGAGUUGAACGAGGGCGACGGCGCCUUCUAUGGACCCAAGAUCGACGUCACCAUCUCCGACGCCUUGAAACGCGAAUACCAGUGCGCCACCAUCCAGCUCGACUUCCAGGGUCCUCAGAACUUCAAGCUCGAAUACCGUACCGGCGAGGGCGCCGAGGCCGUGCAGACGCAGUCGUCCGAGCGUGAUGCAAAGGGUCUCGCUCCUGGCAUGGCUCGGCCUGUCAUGAUCCAUCGUGCCAUCAUCGGCUCCUUUGAGCGUUUCAUCGCCAUCCUGUGCGAGCAUUUCGCUGGCAAGUGGCCCUUCUGGCUGUCUCCGCGCCAAAUCCUCGUCAUUCCCGUCAUGAAGGCCGCCGAGGACUAUGUCCGUGAAAUCCAGUCCAUCUUCCACAAGGCCAGAAUGUAUGUCGACAUCGACGUCAGUGGAAACACCUUGCAAAAGAAGAUUCGGUCUGGCCAGCUGGCCCAGUACAACUUCAUCUUUGUCGUCGGUGCCAAAGAACAAGAAACCCGCACCGUCAAUAUCCGUAACCGUGAUGACCCGGCCACGCAGAAGAUGGGCGAGCUCAUCCCGCUGGAGAAGGCACUGGAGAGACUGGUCGAGCUACGUGAUGAGAGACGGCUGGAAAACAAGAUUGACAUGACCCAUUAG